CUCUCUUGAACACGCACAUAUCACACACCAAAAUUUGGCCCCCUGGUCGAACCGCCAAUGCCUAACAUGCUGCUUGCCUCUGGUAGUCAAGCGAGGCUUACAAGUUUUUUGGCUUCUAGUCGUCCUUAUUCUUGGAUUUUCACCCAAUGCCCAAGAGUCAGACCCCUCUACGGGCCCUUCUACAAGCAACGACACUAUCCGUACUCCGUACCACCGUACCCUGCCUGAUAUCCACAACCUUGUCUGCUAUGCUCCGGCCAGUCUUCGCGACUAAUAACUCACCUCAUUUUACGGUUUGCGGCUUGCGGCUUGCCUUGCUCUGGCCGAACCACGUUUGCUGCAUCUUUGAUCCACUACUAUAUCCACCCAACCAAUGUGAUCUCGGCUGUUGGGCAAAUCCCGUCUGGCCCCGGCGCGUUACUGAACUCGGCACCCAUCCAGUCAACCAUUGGCACCAAGCACCAAGCAGGAAGCAACCAUCAGAUCACGCGCGGGAAAAGGGGGAGGGGCGAAUCGAAGCCUGACAGGCUGCCCGGACGACACGGCCGAGACGGACGCACCGGACUCUCGAUGACUGAUGAUCGGACAAUUCUUUCUUUGCAGUCAC